ACUAAUUUAUUCUACCCUCUCGUCUCCGGAUCUGAGAAGAAUCUCCAGCUCCUGAAAAAGGAUCUCCAGCUGCAGGCGCCACCCUUGCCGCGACAAGAAAUCCGAGUUCACCAUACGAUUGGAAGAUGAAGCUGUCAGUGUGUCUCCUGUUCCUGGGCUGCCUGGUGCUUGUGGCCGAAGCCAUGUCCGAGCCUCGUGAGGAGGACCUGCAAGACCUGCUGACCGAGUUAGAAGAUUUGGUUGAUGAGCUAGAAGUGACAGAGCUGGGAAUGGAGAAGCGAAACCAAGUGCGAGACAACUGUAUUCGAGAUUGUACUAACAGGAGGCUUAUCCCACCGGAUCAUCAAAGGUGCGUCAGCAACUGCAACAGGGUGGCGUUAUACCACGGGAAGCGGGACGAAGUGGAAGACUUUGCGGCAGAGGAAGAAGUGACAGAGCUGGGAAUGGAGAAGCGAAACCAAGUGCGAGACAAAUGUAUUCGAGAUUGUACUAACAGGAGGCUUAUCCCACCGGAUCAUCAAAGGUGCGUCAGCAACUGCAACAGGGUGGCGUUAUACCACGGGAAGCGGGAAGAAGUGGAGGACUUUGCGGCAGAGGAAGAAGUGACAGAGCUGGGAAUGGAGAAGCGAAACCAAGUGCGAGACAAAUGUAUUCGAGAUUGUACUAACAGGAGGCUUAUCCCACCGGAUCAUCAAAGGUGCGUCAGCAACUGCAACAGGGUGGCGUUAUACCACGGGAAGCGGGACGAAGUGGAGGACUUUUCGGCAGAGGAAGAAGUGGCAGAGGUGGGGAUGGAGAAGCGAUCACGUGCUAGAGAUUGCCAUCAACAAUGCUUUGGCAAACGCCCAGGCCCAGACUUCCAAUCGUGCCAUCAUGGGUGUAUGGCGGCCGGAAAGCGGAACGAAGUAGAGGACCUGGAGGCUGAGGAAGAAGAACUGCAGGAGGAGGCGUUCUUAGCCUGAAGUGGGACUCCAGCGCCUCCGCCUGGUGCAAGUCACGGCAAAUGAACUGCAGGAAGCUCAGGACCAGGCGACUGAGGCAGAAGACUUUCAAUAGUUUAAUUAGACAUGGGUGAUUAGGUUCUUCGAUUCACUAAUACAAAGGAAUGUACCUACCUUAGACAUGGGUGAUUAAGUUCUUAAAUUCACUAAUACAAAGGAAUGUACCUGCCUACGUUUCAAUAACCUAUGUAGUAACUUGCUUAGGGCAAUAUUGAUUGGGACAGCUCUGGUUGUUUUUCAGCUGAAAUUUACAUCUUAAAUGUUU